ACUACUCCUGGGUCCCAACCGUCGCUUGAGGGCAUGGGUUGGAACAAGGAGGUCCAUGAUGCUGCUAAAAUGGCAAUUGGCAGGUUUUGGAGCUACAGCUGUAUUCCAUUCUUUGUAGCCAGGUCUCCUUAUUGGCAACAAAUGGUUGAUGCCAUUACCAUAUGCGGGGCGGGGUUCAAAGCCCCUAGUGAGAGUGAUUUGAGGGGACCCAUUUUCUUUCAAAUGGUGGAUGAUGUGAAAAAGGAUUUAGAUGAACAACGCCAGAUAUGGAGCACUAAAGGUUGCACCAUCAUGACUGAUGGUUGGACGGAUAGGAGAAAUAGAACUCUCCUUAAUUUUCUUGUUUCUUCCGCAGGUGAUUAAUUAAUUUUAGUUUCAUAUAGUCUUUAAUUUUUUAUUUUUUAUCUAAUGGUUUAUUGAAUGAUCAUUGACCUAGCUUUAUUUUUUUAUUUCAGGGGGCACCGUUUUCAUCAAGUCCAUUGAUGCCUCCGCCCAUUGCAAGCAUGCCACCUACCUAUGUGAGCAGAUAGAGGAGG